GUUGAGUUUUCGAUCGAUCAUUUAACGCUGCAUCCAUCAACAAUGUUUCAGUGGUUAUAUGACGGAACAAUAGGAAAUUUAAUGGCUCCUAAGGAGAAGUCAAUUGAGGAGAAGGUACAGAUGGCGGUGCAAUCAGGCGAUAUUCCUUCAUUGGAUGCCUAUAUUCGGGAUGGAUUUGAUGUUGUAAAUUAUGUGGAACAAGAAAAUGGGUUAAUUCAUCUUGCUAGUUAUAGUGGUCAACUUCAAAUGCUUCAGCACUUGAUUUUGAGAGGAAAUAUGAUUUGUAUGUUAUUGAUGUAUAGGCUGUAAUAUUAAUCAGCUUGGGCGUGAUGGAAAUACUGCUCUCCAUUAUGCCUGCUUUAAAGACCAUAUGGACUGCAUUAUGUACUUGAUUAGUUUGUAUUUUCUAUUUUUGUGAUGGUAGACAAUGGAUGCAAUCUCUUACAGAAAAACAAUAGUGGAUCUACUCCUUAUGACUUCUGCCAUAACUUAUCCAUCAGACAGAGCCUUCUUCCUUACGUUAUGAAGGCUACGGAUGCUGCUGAGGCUGUCGAGGCGCCUGCCCCGGCUCCUAUCCCGGCUCCGAUUCCGACUUCCAUUCCACCAGCCAUGCCGAGUUCGGCUCCCCCCUCGGGUGAAUCGAUGUCUUCUUCCUCGAUGCCGGUGUUCCAUCAUCCGGGUCUGUCUCGUUCGUCUCAUCGUCCCAUGCCCUAUGUCCCCACUCCCAUGCCUGCUGCUGCUGCUGCUGCGCCCAUGUCAGCCCCAGUGCCUGCCCAAGCCCCGGCUCCAGUCUCUGCUCCGGCUGCAACUCCGGCUCCUAUUCCUGCUGCGACUCCAGCCCCAGCCCCAGCUCCUGCCCCUCGUUCUUUUGGUCUUGCAAGUAAGGGUCCUCGCGUUGUGGCCGGUAUGGCUCGCUCUGCCCCUCUGCCUCCCCGAAUCAACAAACAACCUGCCCCAGCCCCAGCCCCAGCCCCAGCUCCGGCUCCAGCCAUGGCACCUAUGCCAGCUCCCAUGCCAGCUCCAGCCCCAGCCCCUGCCCCAGCUAUGGCUCCCAUGCCAGCCCCAGCCCCUGCACCUGCACCAGCUCCUUCGGUAGCAGCCACUGCCACUCCCGAUGCGGCCACUGCAUCGAGCGUGUCGCCUGUGUCGCCUGGCCCCAUGUUCCCGUCUGGCAACCAAGUUCCCAAGCUGAUGCCCAAGGCCAAGCCACCAAAACCGUACAAAUCCUGACUUGGAUUGUCUGUAGUGUGAGACGAGUGCGCGUGAAUCCUGAUGGGUUUAUUACGACCGUGGGCAAUCCUGUUUGGGAUGAUGUGUGAACGUUACUCGUAGAAGUUGGCAGAAAAGUAUGGUAACAAUAUCACAAAGUCUCCGAGCGAUGUGCUGCCUCCUCCCUGUAUGCAAUAAGUGGUU